AUCCCUUUCUGGAGAAGAAUGAAUUUUGCAAUCUUUCCCAUUACAAACUUUACUUGGAUCAAAAUGGGGAUUUAAAGGCAGAUAUGAAGAUCAUGAGUUGGGUAUAUCUCCCCAAAAAGAAUCUCAUGAAAGACCAAUUGGUGACUAUUGAAAGACAGGGACUUACUAUCAACCAAGAUCACCUGUCAUGGCUAAAGUUGCACAACAGGUCUCUUCCUCAGUCCAAAUGUGUGGAAAAAUGUCAUCCUGGAUUUGUCAAGCAGAAGCGAGAAGGAGAGCCAUUUUGCUGUUAUGACUGUGUUCCUUGUCCGGAGGGGACCAUCUCCACUCAGGAAGGAACAUCUGAGUUCUUUGAAACUUAGAGAAUUGUUGAGGAGGUGGGGCCAGCUGUCAAGAAGGAAAGUUGUGGAAAGCGACGCUCUGUUAUAGAGAGUUGUUUUUUCAGCAAAUUCCAACUGAUCGGUGGACUUUGUGGAGUCCCAGAUCCCUUGGAGGGGGAUUGGAAGAAAGAGGCAUUCUGUGGUGGAGCUCUUGGCGGCGGUCAAAGAAGCGAGUGGCAGAAAAGCCUCGGAGAAGCUGAUCAGGGGAAGGAGAUGUCCUGUAAUGGCAGCCGCAAGGAAGUGACAGUGGAUGGCUGGACAACAAUAGCCGGUGGAAAAGCGGGACGACAGUGAGACUGAUCUGGUUUAAAGAGAUUUUGGCAGCUUCGUAGGAGUGAUCCAGAGUGAGAGAUCUAUCCGGAGGAUUUCUAAAGAGGGAAGAAAAAGAAAGAGGCCCCAGGAAGGAGGAGGGUGACUGGAGCUCCCUCCAAACGAUAGUGG